CUUGCUUCUCUUCACCGCUGAGGCACUGUGGCAUCACAAGCAAAUGUGUUUUUGCUUAAGCUGCUGUGUUUUUUUUUUUUUUCAUCUGUCUUGCUGCUGAUUUUUGAGCUUAUUAAACCUUAAAACAGGGGUCUCAAACUCAAUUUACCUGGGGGGCCACUGGAGCUAGGGUCUGGGCAAGGCUGGGCCGCAUCAGGUUUGCUAACUCGCAAACUAGAGCGCUAGCGACCUAAACGGUAGCCUUCAAGUUAUUUCCUUUAAACUUAAAUAGCCAAAAACUAACCACUUCCACGCGGAUAGGGAGGAUAACUAUUAACAGUUAUUUAACCUUUAACAUGAACAUUAAUCAAAGGUAAUAAUUUUUUCUGGGUACAUGAUACCAUACAGCAUCCAUAUCAAACUUGCGCAGGCCGCACUAACAUUAAACUUUCAUAUCAAGGCGGGGGGCCUCAAACUAGUGUCCUGCGGGCCACAUGUUUGAGACCACCGCCUUUAUGUCCAUUCCCCACACAAGGUCAGACUACAACGAAACGGACGAUAACCAAAUCAGUUCCCAUAAUAAAUCAUGUAAAUACAAUUAAUCAAUUAAAGAUGUUUACAAUUACAAUUUUACACACAGGAAACAAUUUCAAAUUGUUAGAAACGCACACAAAUGUCAUUUUAUGUUGACGUUUACCUUAAUUGAAGACGUGAAUCUUGACCAAUGCACCCGCAAACAGGAUGUAGCAGCGAGACACAGCCCGGACACCAUUUUCCUGUUUCGCCAUAAGUUAUUUCUUGAAUUCAAUAGUGUUUCGCACCCCAAUAACCCCAAAUGGAAAAUUUGCAAAAAUUGCAAGAGCCAGCCUUUUGAUAAAGGUGAGAAACGCUCUUGAAUUCAAGAAAUAACCCAUGACAAAACAGGAAAAGGGUGUCCGUGCGGUGUCCUACUGCCCAUCUCGUCUUUGGCACAGUAGUCUUCAAUGGAGACCCCUUUUAUCAGGGUCCAGGUUUCAGGAGAAAGAAGAUGGAGGCUUCCCCACAGGAAGUGGCGCUAACUGGAGGUCAAAUGCCGUCUCUUUUCCGAGCGCAGUCGCACUGACGCAGCCCGGCUUGGGUGUAACCACGACGACCGUUACCACCAUCACACAGACGGGGGGCGACUGGAGCACUGGCCUGUUUGACGUCGAUGCAGACCAGACCACAUGUUUUAUCGGUGCCGUGGCGCCAUGCUGUUUGGACCUGAUUCUAGCACAUCUGUAUGGCGAGUGCCUUUGUUUGCCUCUGCUGCCAGGAUCUACCAUCGCCAUGAGGGUGGCACUCAGGGAGAGGUACAAGAUACAAGGCAGCAUAUGUGACGACUGGACCACGGUGUGUUGCUGCUACUCUCUGGCCAUGUGUCAGAUGGUGCGUGAGAUGAAGCGACGGACGAUGACACGGACGUACCAUGUGUCCACCACGCUGGAUUGCUCCUGACUAACAUCGGCCAAAAAGUAACCGAAUGUGGUUCCUUCUUCUUCUUUUACAAAGCACUAUAUAUAUAUAUAUAUAUAUAUAUAUAUAUAUAUAUAUAUAUAUAUAUAUAUAUAUAUAUUUAAUUCCAGUUUGGUCGAACAAAAGAGAAAACAUGAAAUGUGUAUAUAUACCGUAUUUUCUGGACUAUAAGUCGCUCCGGAGUAUAAGUCGCACAAGGCCAAAAAUGCAUAAUUAGGUAGAAAUAAACGUACAUAAGUUGCAUUUUUUGUGGGUAAUUUAUUUUACAAAAAAAAAAAUUAAACCUUGC